ACCAUGAAUCCAUGAAUCCAUGAAUCCAUAAAACCAUGAAUCCAUGAAUCCAUGAAUCCAUGAAUCCGGGACACGACCAGCUGAGGUUCCUCCAUGUUUCUGGUUCUGCCAGCCUGAAACCUCCUGCAGGUCCGGUUCACCAGUCUGACCAGUUCAGCACCUGGAGAGUCUCCAUCAUGUUUCUCCACCAGAACCAGAGUAACGCUGCGGGUCACCAGGAGGACAGAGAGAUCAGCGUUCUGCCCCGCAGGAGGACGGAGGAGGACGAGAUGGGGACGUUGGGCUCGUCUUCGUCCUGCUGUCUCAGAGUGAAGGAUCUAUGUCCGCGACCGAACGGCCUCCUCAACCUGCUGCUCACUAAAGCGUUCCUGCUGGUUCUGCUGUUCGGAACCGUCUGGUCCAUAACGGGCCAGGAGUGUCUUCCUGGAGGGAACCUGUUUGGGAUCGUCAUCCUGUUCAUCUGCUCCGUCCUGGGAGGGAAACUGUUGGGUCUGAUCCAGCUGCCGACGCUGCCUCCCCUCCCUCCACUGCUGGGGAUGCUGCUGGCCGGCCUGCUGCUGCGUAACGUGCCCUACGUCGGCGCCGCCGUCUCCAUCCACCCCCACUGGUCUGCGGCUCUGAGGAACGUGGCGCUGGCCGUCAUCCUGACCCGAGCCGGCCUGGGCCUCGACCCCUCGGCGCUGCGCCGCCUCAAAGCGGUGUGUGUGCGCGUGGCGGUGGGGCCCUGCGUGCUGGAGGCCUGCGUCGUUACUGUGGUUUCUCACUUCCUGCUGCGCCUGCCCUGGGCCUGGGGCUUCAUCCUGGGCUUCGUUCUGGCUGCAGUUUCUCCGGCGGUCGUCGUUCCUUCCAUGCUGCUGCUGCAGAGGGAAGGAUACGGAGUGGAGAAGGGGAUCCCGACGCUCCUGAUGGCUGCUGGGAGUUUUGAUGACAUCCUGGCCAUCACUGGGUUCUCCACCUGCCUGGGAAUCGCCUUCUCCACGGGUUCCACCUGGAUGAACAUCCUCAAAGGUGUGCUGGAGGUGGUGGGUGGAGUCGCCGCCGGACUGAUCCUGGGUCUGUUCCUGAUCCUCUUCCCCAGCAGCGACCAGGAGGACCUGGUGCUGCGCAGGACGCUGCUGCUGGUGGGACUCUCCGUCUUCUCCAUCUUCUUCAGCCAUGUUGUUGGCUUCGCCGGCGCCGGCGGCCUCUGUACGCUGGUUCUGUCCUUCCUGGCUGCUCUGAGCUGGAAGACGGACAAGGCGCCUGUGGCGGCCAUGGUCGGACGCUGCUGGGACGUUUUCCAGCCGCUCCUGUUUGGUCUGAUUGGAGCCGAGAUCUCCGUCACGUCCCUCAACCCCGGCACUGUGGGGCUGGGCGUGGCCUGCAUCCUGAUUGGUCUGCUGGUCCGUUUUGUCGUCACCUUCCUGCUGGUCCAGUUCGGAGGUUUCACCCUGAAGGAGAAGCUCUUCAUCGCUGUGGCCUGGAUGCCUAAAGCCACCGUGCAGGCGGCGAUCGGCUCCAAGGCGUUGGACUUGGCGCGGGACGAAGGCGAUGAGACUUUGAUCCAGUUUGGUCUGGACGUGCUAACGCUAGCGGUGCUAGCUAUCCUGAUCACGGCUCCCAUCGGGGCGCUGGGGAUUGGACUGGCCGGGCCGCGCCUCCUGGCCCGACAGGUCAAAGCAGGUGAGACGGAGACAGAAGCCCCGCCCACCAUCCCCGACCCACCUGCUGAGGAAAAGAGUAACAUGAUCAUUGAGAGCAGACUGUGAUGGUUCUGACCCGAUCAGAACCAGCCCAGUUCUCCCAGCGGGACAAACCCAACUGGUUCAUGAACAUGAAGUUUUGACAUGUUAGAAAAAACAGAAACAAAAUGGCUGAAAAUGAAAAGAAGCUUCUUCAUUUCCUGGAUGUUUUCUUCUGCUUGAUUGUUUUAUAUGAAGGUUUAUUCUGCGUCAGUGAAAAGUCACUAAUUCUUUGAUCACAUUUAGUGAUUAUUAUUGGAUGUUUUUAACUUUAUUAUUUCUGCUGAGGAUAGAAACAAACUUUAUUACACAGAGGAAACAUUUGGUGUUUUAUUGUGGCGGGAACUACAGGAAGUGGAGUCGCUCUGCGGUCAGGAUGAGGCUGAAGCUGAAGACAUCUACAGGAACCGAUUCUGGGUCAGAACCGCUCCGUCCACCAGACCAACAGCUCCUCAUUUAAAACACCUUGAAAGAGUUCAGAAGCGGGUCAAACUGGUUCCAUGUUCAGAAACCCAGGCAGGAGUUCUGGACUGGUUGAAACGUUUCCUUCAAAAUAAAUCUGAUUUUAAUGUAACUUGAUUUCACCAACAUGACUCAGGUUGGUCCAGAUGUUCGGACCUGCAGUUCUGUCCCUCAGCCUGCACCGGGCCCGGUUCCACCAGAACCGGCUCCUCCUGACAGGUUCUGUGUGUUUCUGUUAGAAACCAAAGUUCUGCUUUCGUAACCAGAACUGGACCUUCUGAUGCUGCAGCAAUAAAAACUGAAUUUAAUCUAA